AUGGCUGCCCGCGAUGAGCCAGAUCACGCUGGGCCCAACGCCCCGCUACUCACCCAGACCGACACAUCUCCCGAUCCGGCCAACGGCAAUGACGGUCUUGCGCCGGAGCUGCAAUACGCUGGAGGAUGGUUUAUUUGGAUCUUGACCUUCUCUGCGGGGAUCAGUGGCCUUCUCUUUGGCUAUGACACUGGCGUCAUCUCUUCUACACUCGUGACGAUUGGCUCUGAUCUCUCGAAUCGGCCUUUGACGACUCUGGACGAGAGUCUGAUUACUUCAUGCACGGGUCUGUUUGCUCUUAUCGCGAGCCCGUUUACGGGUGUACUGGCCGACAAAUACGGCCGCCGGCGAGUCAUUCUUAUCGCCGAUGCGUUAUUCGUACUGGGGGCACUUGCCCAGGCCUUUACGAGUCAAGUCGGAGGCAUGAUCUUUGGACGCAGUAUUAUUGGCCUUGCAGUUGGAAGUGCGAGUGCCGUCACGCCAUUGUACAUAUCUGAAGUAGCUCCGGCACAGGCAAGAGGACAGCUUGUUACCAUUCUGUCCCUACUCAUCACCGGCGGCCAAGUCGUUGCAUAUGUUGUUGGGUGGCUGUUCUCCGAAAUGUCCGGAGGCUGGCGCUGGAUCGUCGGUCUUGGAGCUGCGCCUGCAUUCCUACAAUUCGCUAUUCUCAUCUCUCUCCCUGAAACGCCUCGGUGGCUUGUGCAGGCGGGGUCUGAUGAGCAAGCCGCGAAAGUAUUGACUCGGAUCUACCAUGGUUGUCCGGAUCGGGACGAAGGCGUGCGUCGAGUCUUACGAGGCAUUAGAAAGGAAAUCGACGAGGAAGCAGAAGAGAUGGGCCAAAGUGAUGUUCCAGACGCGAAUAUGCACUGGUUUCAUGAUUCAUCCCAGCGUGCUCAUGAUCUGUUCUACGUCGGCGGAAACAGAAGAGCCCUGACCAUCGCCAUGAUGCUGCAGGGACUACAACAACUCUGCGGAUUCAACAGCCUAAUGUAUUUUUCAGGAAUUAUUUUCACCGCGCUGUCCUUCUCCUCGCCAACCUUAACCUCGCUUACGGUCGCCGUCACCAACUUCCUCUUCACCCUCGUCGCAUUCGGACUCAUCGAUAAGAUCGGCCGACGUCGUAUCCUUCUGUACUCGAUUCCCGUGAUGAUCCUCGCCCUGGGAGCCUGUGCCCUCGUGUUUUCCGGAAUGGACAUCUCUUUCGACCCCGAGAGUUCGCAAAAUCAAAACUCAGACACACGCGGUGGCUCGCCCUUGUUGAUCCUAUUCUGUCUGGCAGUCUUCGUUGCAGCAUACGCAUUCGGGCUUGGAAACGUGCCUUGGCAACAAGCAGAACUCUUCCCUUUGAACGUCCGAUCUUUGGGAUCAGCUUUGGCUACGGCGACGAACUGGGGAUCAAACUUUGUCGUCGGUCUUACAUUCUUGCCUAUGAUGCAAUGGUUGUCGCCGACAUGGACUUUCGUCAUCUAUUCCGGUGUGUGUGCUUUGGGCUGGAUAGCCGUUCAAAGGAUAUACCCGGAAAUGAGCGGAAUGGGACUCGAGGAUGUCAAGGGUUUGUUGGCUGAUGGGUGGGGAGUGGAAGAGAGCCUGCGGCGAAGACGCGCUUUGAAAUGA